AUGGCGCAGAACGGGCCGAGUGUCACGCUGUCCCUCACGCUGCCUAUCACCUGCCACAUCUGCCUGGGCAAGGUCCGUCACCCAGUCAUCUGUGUCAACAACCACGUGUUCUGUUCCAUUUGUAUUGAAGUGUGGCUGAAGAACAAUAAUCAGUGCCCAGCUUGCAGGAUUCCCAUCACACCUGAAAAUCCUUGCAAGGAAAUUAUAGGAGGAACGAGUGAAAGUGAUCCUAUACUUAGUCCAGCAGUCAGAAAACACCUACGUAAAGCAAGGCUUGAAUUGCUCCACAAAGAGUAUGAGGAUGAAAUAGAAUCAUUACAAAAAGAAGUGGAAGAUCUGAGAGGUAAAAACCUCAGUUUACAGACACAGCUAAAAUCUCUUCUGGAUCCUAUGGCAUCAGCUUUGUCUUGCCAAAAUGAGAAAACUAGCCAGUCAGCAAAUGAAGCAGGUACCAGUGGCCCAGAAACCCCAGAGGAAUGGAGCAAAAAGCUGAAAACUGCCAAUGAUAUAUAUGAAAAAGUGAUGGAUAAUGUGGAAAAGCUAAAAGAGGCAAAUAAGAAACUGAGCAUGGAAAACAAUAGCCUUUUAAGAGAGAAUUUGCGACUAAAAGCUGAAGUGGAUAGUAGAUCACCCCAAAAGUUUAGUAGGUUUACAGUAGCUGCACUUCAGUCCAGAGUAGAACAAAGUGAACGUGAAAUGAACCGUCUGAAAAAGGCCCUGGAAAGAAGUGAUAAAUACAUCGAAGAAAUGGAGUAUCAACUUUUACAGCUGAAAAACACAGGUGAAGGAACCCAGACAGUGAGCACAGUUAGUGAGAGAGCUCUUUCCACAGAUGCUAAAGGAGCUGAGAGCAGUGAAGAUACAACAUGUUUGAAAACCCAAGUUGAGGAGAAAAAAGCUUUGACUACCAGUCAAAGCCCUGACAGUCUUGAACAGCUGAAACGUGGUAGAACUUGUUCCAGCUCUACUAGUCAAGAUGGUUCAAAUAAUUCAAAUACCCAGUGUCCCCCAAAGAAAGAACUAUUUCCAGGAUGUCAUGGGGCUCUCCUGGAUGAAAAUACUACAAAUAUGGAUGCCUGCUUAGAAGAGCAGUGGAAUAAAAUUGAGGAAUGUACCCCAUAUAAGGAUGAAGAACUUUAUGACCUUCCACCACCAUGCACUCCUUUUCUGUCUCUCAGUCGCCUUCGGCUGAACACUCCUGAUGGAAAAGAAAAUGCAAGGACACUAUCAACAUUCCUGAGAAAACUGAAAUUCGAAGAGUUUGGUGACACUUCAGAUGACUGUAGCAAAGAUUCUCCAGAACACAGCACAAGCAACUGUAAUAGCAAAAAGAAGUUAAACUGUUUUACUACAGGAAAAUCAGGUUUUUGGGGGACAUGCCCAACAAAUUUUGCUGAGAACUUAGAUUUUGAUGAAUCAGAGCAAAAUUCAGUAGCUGGUCAGUCAGAUGAGCCAUCCACAAAGUCCAGUGAUAAACCAAGUUCUUCCUUACCUAAAAGGUUACAUACUCUCUGCUCUUCUGAAAUUAAUCGCACAAGAACCUCCAGUGAGGCAUCUAUGGAUGCUGCCUACCUCGAUAAAAUUUCUGAGUUGGACUCAAUGAUGUCCGAAUCAGACAACAGCAAGAGUCCAUGCUAUAAUUUCAAGUCCUCUGAUCUUGAUAAUUCUUCGAAGCCAACAGAGCACUCUGAGCUUCUGAAUGAAACUGAGAAGAAACUGGAAGAGAUGAAUGAAGAACAGAGUAUCAAGUGUCCAGAGACAAGUGACCUAACAGUUGACAGAACUGGGUGGAAGCCUGCUACAUUUUCCAUCCUCUCUCCAUCUGAGCAAGAUAUGAAUGACCACUUUCCACUGUUUCCAGGCCAAAACAUAGUAACUGGUGAUACCAAACCUCCAAACUGUUUAUUUCAAAGAGACUUUUCCCAGAGUUUGCUAUUCAGUAACUCACAAAGGUUGUCUGAGGAACAAAAAUUCAGUUCUUGCUUUUUAAAGAUGUCAUCUGACCUGCAUAAUCAGCUUAAUCCUCCUUGGGUGUCUUCCUUUAUAGCUGAAAGGAAAAAUAAAAAUGUCAGUCAAUCGACCAAGAGGAAAAUUCAAAGCAGCCUUUCCAGUGCUAGUCCAUCAAAAACCACCAAAAACUGA